AUGCGUCGCGGGGUGGUGUCUAAGACAGAUGAAGACGAUCUGGCUCUGAGUAAGGCUUCCACUUCGUGCCCGGCUGAGAUGCAAGAUCCGUCCCUCGCUGGGUUCGGAACCAGUCCGCUCCAACACAGUGCCAUCGCUUAUCAUGCCACACAGCCAGGAAGCGGCGGUGGUGGUGGUAGCGGAGGUAGCUUGGGCGGAAAUAGCACGAACGAUGGGAUCCCUAUGGGGCCCGGG